CUUUUAACGAAUUGACAUGAAGCUCCAAACAGGAGGGUUGCUAAAAGAAACGGUUAUGGUCCUAAAUCUCGCCUACACCAACUCCCCAUUCUCCGUCGCCGCCGGGCUGUUACUGUUACUGUUACUGUUACGGUUGUUACGGUCACUCACCUCCGUGGCUUAAACUCUCUCCUAAUUACCGCCAUAAAUUCUCCUCAUCCAACCCUCUCUGCGCCAUAUCUUUCUCUCUCUUGUUCCUCUUAUUUUGCAGAUUCUUCUUCUUUCUUCUUACGGCUGCCCAUCUUGUUUUAUCCCCGAAUCUCUGAAAUACUGCUAGGGUUUGUGGAAUGGGAGGUGAUUUCUUUUCUGAAUUCAAGCAAUGGUAGCUGCUGUGUCCACGACGCUAAACCCCAAAACUGCCGCCGCUCAGAAAGGGCCUCAUCUUCAUCCGACGCGGCAGAAUUCGAACAGGAUUCCUUUGUUUCCGUCUGACUCCGACAAUGCAAUUGAUCCGCGUAAGCCGAAAUCUCGUGAGGUCACUUCUCGAUUUAUGCCUCCAUCGAACUCCUCUUCCUCGGCCUUGGUUACCAAACGGUCUCCUUCUCCUUCACUCGCUAGAACUCCCAGUUUAGCUGCUACGCCGACGCAGACUGGUUCUUCGGUUAAUAAGCGUUCGCUAUCGGUGGACCGAAGAAGAGUUGGCACUCCUAGGCCUUGUUCUCUUGAUUUCAGGACUGGGAAUGAUAAUGGUGGCGUGGCCGAGAUGCCUGCUUCUCAGAAGCUCUUGCUUACUUCUACGAGAAGCUUAUCUGUUUCAUUCCAGGGCGAGUCCUUCUCUCUGCAAGUUAGUAAGGCGAAGCCGGUUCAUUCACCAGGUGUGAGGAAGGGUACGCCUGAACGCAGGAAGUCGACGACGCCAGCGAGAGGUGGCGUUGCGGACAAAGCAGAGAACUCAAAGCCUAUUGUAGAUCAGCAUAGAUGGCCCGGGAGGUUGCGGCAGGCUAAUUUGAUGAGCAAGAGUUUGGAUUGUGAGGACAUAGCCGAAAGGAUGAGGGUUAGUGGCAGAUCUGUGAAUGUCAUGAGGCAGUUGCAGGGUCCUAUGGCUCAGGGUAGGGCUUCCUUUGAUGGGGUUUUGAGCUCGGAUUCCGAAAAUGGAGGAUUAGAGAAGGCAGGUGAAGUUGUUAUGGACGCAAAUUCAGAAAAUGUAUCUGAUCAGUCUAAUGUAGCUUCAUCUGAUUCUGAUAGCGUCUCUUCCGGUACAAAUUCUGGAGCUCAAGAGUACAGUACUGGCGAAGUACAGGGGCAGCGUGGACCUCGCGGGAUUGUAGUGCCGGCAAGAUUUUGGCAGGAGACAAACAACCGGUUGCGGCGCCAGCCCGAAAAUGGGUCGCCUUUGUCCAAAAAUGUGGGGGUAAGAACUUUAGCUCCUUCCAAGCUUACCGUGCCAAAGAAGUUUGCGAUGGAUAGUCCUACAUCAUCUCCACGCGAAGUUGCCAACAGUCGAGGUCAAUUGUCUCCCAUUCGCGGUUCACCUAAGCCUAUGUCACCAAGUAAGCUGUUAGCAUCGUCCACCGGACCUCGGUUGAGGAAUGCUGUGGGAAGUAAACCUCUUAAUAGUUUGAGCAGCAUUCCAUUAUCAAUGACAAGUUUUGUUGCCGAUGCUCGGAGGGGGAAGAUUGCGGAGAACCGAAUUGUAGAUGCGCAUUCUUUGAGGCUCUUACAUAAUCGGCUGUUACAAUGGCGUUUUGUCAAUGCCCGAGCAGAUGCAGCCCAUUGCGGCCUCAGGUUGAAUGCAGAGAGAAGCCUCUAUAACGCCUGGCUGAGUACCACGAAGCUUCGUGAAUCUGUUAGAACAAAGAGAUCGGAGUUACAGUUACUAAAACAAAAACUAACGUUAACGUCCAUCCUCAGUUGGCAGAUGUCGCGUUUGGAGGAGUGGGAUGAACUGGAUCAAGACUUUUCCAACAGCUUAUCAGGUGUUACUGAAGCUUUGAGGGCUAGCACCCUUCGCCUGCCAGUUGUUGGGGCAGCAAAGGCGGAUGUCCAAGAUAUUAAGGACGCAAUUUCUUCUGCCGUUGAUGUCCUGCAGACAAUGGCAUCAUCAGUUUGCUUUCUAUUAUCAAAGGUUGGAAAAGUGAACUCUCUUGUUUUUGAGUUGGCGAAUGUGAGUGCAAAGGAAUGUACUUUGCUUGAGCGGGUAAAAUGUCUAUUGUCUGCAAUUGCUGUACUCCAGGUGAAAGAGUGUAGUCUGCGAACGCAAAUUUUACAGCGGAGAUAGGCACCUUCGACCUGACAACUUACAUGUAAAAGCUGUUGACUGUUGACUGUCUGAAUGCUAACACAAUUAUAGCAGAAGAUGAAACUCUCUACCCUUUUUGGGGAGGCAAUAAGGACACUCUGGAUGGUUUGUGGUUUUGGGAAGCUGAAGAGUGUCCGUCCACAUAUUUGAUUUGGGUUUUGUUUGUUUGUUGACAAGAAAAUUGUAAGUAUUGUGUGUUUGCAUGGUAGUGUAGGUGGCAGGGAUUGUGGUUGAUGUCAGAUUGAUUUGUGUAUAGGUAGGUCCAUUCAUUACAGACCAGAGGUUUUCGUUUAUAAAAUAUGAAUUGGUGUGUUCUUUUUUCUGAAUUGAA